CGUCACUUCCGCAACGCUUCCUUCGCGGGGCUUUGUGGGUAGCCGACUGGGGUCUCCUGGCGACGACGAUGGCGGGGGAUGUGGGCGGUCGCAGCUGCACGGACUCGGAACUGCUGCUGCACCCGGAGCUGCUGUCCCAGGAGUUCCUUCUCCUUACUCUGGAGCAGAAGAACAUAGCUGUUGAAACUGAUGUAAGAGUAAACAAAGACAGUCUUACUGACCUUUAUGUCCAACAUGCAAUACCAUUGCCUCAGAGGGAUUUGCCGAAGAAUAGAUGGGGGAAAAUGAUGGAAAAGAAAAGAGAACAACAUGAGAUUAAAAAUGAGACUAAAAGGAGUAGCACUGUAGAUGGGUUAAGGAAAAGACCCCUCAUCGUAUUUGAUGGAAGUUCAACAAGUACAAGCAUAAAAGUGAAAAAGACAGAGAAUGGAGAUAAUGAUCGACUGAAGCCUCCCCCUCAGAACCAUGACUUAACGCAUAGGAAAAGUCCUUCAGGCCCUGUGAAGUCGCCACCAUUGUCCCCUGUUGGAACUACUCCAGUGAAGUUAAAGCGAGCUGCUCCUAAAGAAGAAGCAGAGGCCAUGAAUAACCUGAAGCCCCCACAAGCAAAAAGGAAGAUACAACAUGUUACUUGGCCCUGAAGAAAAGUUUCCAAAAAUGUAAAUAUACUGUAACUGUAGUUUUUCAAAUAUGUUCAUAUAUAUUGAAAAUAUUUGCAGAAAUCCUGAUUAUUGUGGAAUUUUCUUAAGAGGUUUCAAAUAGGUUUAAAAAAAUAAAGGAUUUAUUUUCCUUCCCUUCUUCCCUCCCUCCCUUCCUUUUUUAAAAUUCUUGCCUGUCUUGCCCUGAUUAGGAAAGAAUAUCUUUUUAAACCAAUGGCUUAGUAUAUAUCAUUUAUAUUGACCCUACUGAAAUCAUUAGCUACAAGUGUGCUAUAAAGCAUCCAUUGAAUUGGCCAGGCGCAGUGGCUCACGCCUGUAAUCCCAGCACUUUGAGAGACUGAGGUGGGCAGAUCACCUGAGGUCAGGAGUUUGAGACCAGCCUGACCAACAUGGAGAAACCCCGUCUCUACUAAAAAAUACAAAAUUAGCUGGGCAUAGUGGUGCAUGCCUGUAAUCCCAGCUAUUCGGGAGGCUGAGACAGGAGAAUUGCUUGAACCCGGGAGGCGGAGGUUGCGGUGAGCCAAGAUCGCGCCAUUGCACUCCAGCCUGGGCAACAAGAGUGAAACCCCAUCUCAAAAAAAAAAAAGCAUUCAGUGAAUUUUCGGAGUUACUCUCAUUAGCCUUGUUCAGAGUCUUUGGGGGAAAUUUGAGAUUUUUGAGAUUUUUUUUAAAAACUCAAAUAUUUUACUAGUUUGCCUGCCAUUUUUAUUUCUUUUACAAAGCAGAAGCAUAUAACAAUUUAUCACAGUAUUUUAGUAAAUAUUGCAACAUUCAUUCUUAAAGGUUCACCAAGAAAAGCAUGUUUGUAGUAGUGCUGGAAAACGAUUCAGAAUAUACAGAUAAAAAUGCUGUUCUUUAAUUGCUUACAUUGCUUUUUCCCAUAAAAAGCAAAAAGGAAUCAGUGCUUGCUAUUGCUCCUUUCCUUGAAGUCAUAACAAUUGAUAUAUAUAUUGAGUUGACUGGUCGAUUCUGUACCUGGCCCAUCCUUUAGAAUGUUCUUGUCAUGUAGCAGUCCUACCUACUCUUUUCAUGAGCAGUCUGUGAUCUCACUCUGUGAGUUCAGCUAUUACUCGCUCAUGGGAGCUUAAUCUUUUCAAAAUGAAGUUGAUUUAAAAAGUCUUCAGGCAGAGUAAUCAUGUUAGAGGUGGUAUUCGAUGGAAGAAAGUUUAGAGAAUUAGGAGUGGGGGUAGAAUUCUAGAAUUUAUAAGAGUCCAGGAAGCAUAGCAGUCCGGGGCAAAAAUUAGUGUAAUAUGGAGUAGGCAAUAGAGGAGCUACUGGAGUCGGAAGUCACUGCAGAGUGCAACAUAGGAAGAUGGACUCCUAGCUUACAUGAGAUUCCCUGCAGCUGUAAUAUAGACAAUUCCCACAUGGCUGUUCCACACAGAAUUACCUGCUAAGAUUUUUUGUUUAUUUUUGUUCGAGUGGUAUUUUCACUCCAAUUGUAUAAUGGAAAUCAGUGGGAAGAUAGGGUUUACCUUAUAUUCAUGAGUUCUAGUUUCUACCGUUCUGCUAUGUGUUUCUAAGCAAGAACAAAGGAUACUUCAUACUUUUUUCGUUAUAUGAUUGAUCUUCAAAUUGGGAUUUACCUUUUUCAAUAUGUUUUAAAGUAGUCUUGUUCCUCUUUUGAUUUGUUAAACAAGCAUUUUAGUUCAGCUAUUGAAUAGCCUUCCAAAAAAUUAAUUCAGCCUUGCAGGUAAGUACCAUACUAAGACUUUAACCCAAUAGUUUUUAAUCAUUCUGCCUUUAUUCCAGACUGUAAAUCUGUACACAUAAGAUAAAACAUACUAAGUAUUGCAUAAAUUGUUAACGUUACAGUAAAUUGUUAUCUGCAGGGCUGAUAGACAUAAUGUUGGUGGGCAACUGUGAUCCUAUACAUAAAUAUAUGCAAAAGGAGAUUUUAAAAGUACAGAUUAUAGAGUAGAUUGACAAAUUUUAUUUUAUAUUCAGUUGUCCUUUCUGCUUCCAUCUGUGUUUCUCUCUUAGUUGAGAGAGAGUUAGCCAUUUGACGAUUUUAAGUCAGUGGGAACUUAUUUUUAGUUACUCAAUAAAAUUAAUAUUUUAUUUGUAUUUUAACUUACAGAGUAGGUUGGUAAUAACAGCUGAACUGUGUAACAUUGUUGCUUCAAAUUGAAGUUUAUAUUAUGAACAUUCAGAAUCAAUGCUCAUGUAGCAGCAUAUUAUUGAGCUAUUUUGAGUUUGAAAUGUGGAGAAACGCUAAACCAUGUACUAUGUGUUAACAUAAUCCCACCUUCUUAGAGCUUUGUUCCUUCUGAAGGUGUAUGGAUACAGCUUGUCUUGAAAUGUCUUUCUCCACAUAAUGAAGCAUGCUGAAUGCUGGGAAUCUGGAGCAGCAGCCCUGGGAGCCCUAUGUUUUGAAGUGUUUUGGUUUGCUUCAAAGGUUAGAAGAACUUGAUAUGUAUGGCAGACAACUUCAGAAUACUAGUUACUCACUAACAUGAGGCGGGUAAUGUUGCUCUUGAUUCUAUAUUCCAGUAAAGCCAGCUUUUCUUAUUAUUGGAGUAGGCAAAUGAAUGGCAUUAGAGUUAGUGGGUGGCUUGUAAGUUGUAGUUAUAGGCACUUUACCACUUCCUGCCGUUAGCAGGCAUCUUUGUUUUUUCUUCCUUUCCCUCUUUGUUCCUUCUUUUCCCUUUCUUCUUACACAUUUUCUUUCUCUACUUUAAUUCUCCUUCCUCCUUACUGUAGAUCCCAAGCUUCUAGCUUAGGUUUGCAAGUCAUAUUGCUUGGCCCUCCUCAUUCACUGAGAGGUGAAGAUGGGCUGACCCCCUGUCCUCUUAUAUUUGAGGGAUCAUAGACUGCUGUGUGAAUUCUGGAAAGUCUCAGGACCCUACAACACCAGGGCACUGAAUGGCUUCUCAAUGGCUGUAGAGACAGUACAGUUUUCCAAAGUAGCUUAAUUCAUCUGGACAGCUACCAGGCACUUUGGAAAGUUGGUUCAGUUACUACUGUGAGGCCAUAAUAUAUUUGCUAGUAUUAAAAUUCUUCAGAAUUGGAAUUACUAUUUGAAAUAAUAUUUUGGUUGACUUAAGUUUUGAGAGACAAUUCUAAAAUUGAUCUAGAGACUCAUUCAAUAGCAAUGUGACCUUUUAAAAACUUACAUUAAGUAAAACUGCCAGUAGAUUAAAUCAUAUAUAUAUAUAUAUAUAUAUGUGUAAGAGCUUCCUCUAUUUACUACUGUUGAACUUCAGUAAUUUUUAGAGGCUAAAUAAUGGUCAGAAUGUUUUUAAGUGUGCUCUUUUAUUACAUGCUUGUGCAGGUUUUGUAAUUCAGUACAGAAAAGUUUAACCUUGUACAUUUUUGUAUGUAAAAAGUCUUUUAAGUAGCCUUAUCCUUAUUUAAAUAAACAGAAUAAAA